GCAACCACAUUUCCGUUUCCGGGUCGCAUCCGGAGUCAUGGCGACUGUGAGAGGCCCGAGUUGUCUGUUGACACUAGGCAGAUGGCGCCGCGGCGUGGGAGUAGCUCCCCUGUCCCGGGCUCUCGCCGCCCUGGUGCCCGGUGUAUCCCAGGUGGAUAACAAGUCCGGUUUUCUGGGGAAGAGGCCCCAUCGCCGGCACCCGGGCAUCCUGAAGCUGCCGUGUGUGCGGCUGCCUCGAGCGCUGGCUGACGCCGCGCAGUUACUGCUGCUCGACAGUGCGAUGCCCAAUGUGGAGAAGCAGGUGCAAGCAUUGACCAAUUAUCUCUGGAGCCGGCAUUUACCUGUAGAGCCAGGGGAGCUGCAAAGACGGGCAGAACAUCUUGAGAAAAAAUUCCUGGAAAACUCUGACUCAUUUCAGACAGAGGAGAAACUUCGUGGAGCAGUGCUGCAUGCCCUGCGUAAAACUACCUACCAUUGGCAAGAACUGAGCUACAAUGAGGGACUGAGCUUGGUGUAUAUGGCCGCAAGACUGGAUGGUGGCUUUGCGGCAGUCUCCAGGGCAUUCCAUGAGAUCCAGACUCAACUUCCAGAGUUCCAACCAAAAACCCUGAUGGACUUUGGGUCAGGUACUGGUUCUGUCACCUGGGCUGCUCAUAGUAUUUGGGGUCAGAGCCUACGUGAAUAUAUGUGUGUGGACAGUUCAGCUGCCAUGUUGGAUUUGGCAGAAAAGUUACUGAAAGGUGGUUCAGAAAAUGGGAAGCUGUACAUUCCAGGUGUCUUUUUCAGACAGUUUCUACCUGUAUCACCUAAGGUACAGUUCAAUGUGGUGGUAUCAGCCUUUUCCCUAAGUGAACUGCCCAGCAAGGCUGACCGCGCUGAGAUAGUCCAAACCUUGUGGCGCAAGACAAGUGAUUUUCUCAUUUUGGUGGAGAAUGGAACAAAAGCUGGGCACUGCCUUCUCAUGGAAGCCAGGGACCUGGUCCUUAAGGGAAAGGAGAAGUCACCUCUGGACCCUCGACCUGGUUUUGUCUUUGCCCCGUGUCCCCAUGAACUUCCUUGUCCCCAGUUGACAGCCUCUAAGCCCCUGGCCUGUAGUUUUUCCCAGGCUUACCAUCCCAUCCCCUUCAGCUGGAGCAAGAAGCCAAAGGAGGAAAAGUUCUCGAUGGUGAUCCUUGCCCGGGGGUCUCCAGAGGAAGCUAAUCGCUGGCCCCGGAUCACUCAGCCUGUCCUUAAACGGCCACGCCAUGUGCACUGUCACCUGUGCUGUCCAGAUGGGCACAUGCAGCAUGCUGUGCUCACAGCCCGCCGCCAUUGCAGGGAUUUGUAUCGCUGUGCCCGCGUCAGCUCCUGGGGAGAUCUUUUACCUGUGACCACGCCGUCUGAGCUUCUUCCGUCCACUGUGGAAGAUCCCCCUGAGAGUUAACAAGGAUGUGUAACGAGUUUCUUGCAUCGUGCCUGCCCAGGCUAAAGCCACCUGGUAUCCAGGAUGGGAGUGCUGGUACCCCUAUAUAUUUGCAUUUGUUUGAAGUUUUAAUAAUUAAAAGUUUUCAAAGAAUGGGA